CAUGGUAAAGCAGGACCAGGUUUUUCACUCGGACAACCUCCGGCGAACGAAGGAGAAGGAUCGCAACAGAGAUCGUUCAUUUAUCACGCUAAAGGCAUAGAUUUGGACAUUGCCAGGGAAUUUGCAUUAACCACCAUUUUUUUUUUGAGUACUUGGCAUGUGGAAUGCCCAGCUAGGUUGGUCACUCGGAGUUUGAAAUUGAUGACUCUUCCCCAAACGAGCGGCUCCUUGUUCAACCAGCUCUCACAGUAUUCACAGCAAGGGAACCUCUCUGCAGGCCGUGCAGUCCAUGCCCGGAUCAUCAGAACCGGCUCAUCUUCUUGCCUCUUCCUUGCUAAUAGCCUCGUCAACCUUUACGCUAAAUGUGGCAACUUGGGAAAAGCCCAGCUCGUUUUCGACGCCAUAACGGACAAGGAUGUCGUCUCUUGGAAUAGCCUCAUCAAUGGGUACUCACAGAAAGGCGGUCUUUCGGGUGCCAGCACUGUCAUGCGGUUGUUUCAGCAGAUGAGGUCGCAAAACGUGUUGCCGAAUGCUCACACCUUUUCCGGAAUCUUCGCCGCUGAGUCGAGCCUUGGAAGCGAUUCUGGUGGGAAGCAGGCUCACGCCCUUGUAACUAAGACACUGAGUCUCGAGGAUGUGUAUGUUGGGACUUCAAUGGUGAACAUGUACUGUAAAGCGGGCCAUGUCGGGGAUGCGCGCAAGGUUUUCGACGUGAUGCCUGAAAGAAAUUCAUUCACUUGGUCUUCGAUGGUUUCUGGAUACGCGAUACAAAGGCUGCCCAAAGAGGCAAUAGGAGUGUUCAAAUUGUUUUGUAAGGUUGAAGAAACCGAGAACGAAUUUGUGUUUACCGCUGUUCUUAGCGCGUUGGCUGAACCUGAAUACGUUGGUAUGGGCAGGCAAAUCCAUUGUCUCAUGGUUAAGAACGGGUUGCUAGGGUUUGUCUCGGCGUGGAACGCUCUCGUUACAAUGUAUUCAAAGUGCGGGAGCUUGAUUGAUGCAUCCCAGGCAUUUGAAUUGUCCGAUGAUAGGAAUUCAAUCACUUGGUCUGCAAUGGUCACCGGUUAUGCUCAGAACGGGGACUCACUCGAAGCCUUAAAGCUGUUCUCAUGUAUGUUUUCAUCUGGAAUUAAGCCGAGCGAAUACACCAUUGUCGGGGUUCUUAAUGCCUGCAGUGGCAUCGGAUACUUAGAAGAAGGGAAGCAAGUGCACUCGUAUUCGUUGAAAUUGGGAUACGAGAAACAGUUAUUUGUGACCACGGCUUUGGUUGACAUGUAUGCGAAAUGUGAGAGUAUAGCAGAUGCUAGGAAAGGGUUCGAUUAUCUACGAGAACCCGAUAUUGCUCUCUGGACCUCGAUCAUUAGCGGGUAUGUUCAGAAUUCAGAAAACGAAGAGGCUUUGGUCUUGUACGGUAGAAUGAAAAUGGAUGGUAUUCUCCCGAAUGAACUCACGCUGGCCAGCGUUCUGAAGGCGUGCUCCUCACUCGCUGCCUUGGAGCUAGGAAAGCAAAUACACGGCCAUACCAUCAAACACGGAUUCGGCCUUGAGAUUCCCAUCGGAAGCGCUCUCUCAACUAUGUACGCGAAAUGCGGGAAUCUAGCAGAUGGGAACCUCGCCUUUAGGAGAACGCCCGACAGAGACAUAAUUUCCUGGAACGCAAUGAUAUCAGGGCUAUCCCAAAACGGGCAUGGAGGCGAGGCCUUAGAGCUAUUUGAGGAAAUGCUAGCAGAUGGCACGAAACCCGACUAUGUAACUUUCGUGAACAUUCUAUCAGCAUGUAGUCAUAUGGGAUUCGUCGAAAGAGGUUGGUAUUAUUUCAACAUGAUUUCUAGUGACUUCGGACUCGUUCCGAGAGUCGAACACUACGCGUGUAUGGUCGAUCUGUUGAGCCGAGCUGGACGGCUUGAAGAGGCAAAGGACUUUAUCGAGGCAGCAGACACGAUAGACCACGGAAUGUGCUUGUGGAGAAUAUUGCUAAGCGCUUGCAAGAACCAUAGGAAAUACGAGUUAGGAGCGAUUGCGGGCGAGAAGCUAAUGUCACUCGGGUCAGGGGAAUCAUCGGCCUACGUGCUGUUGUCGAGCAUAUACACGGCUCUGGGAAGGACGGGAGAGGUGGAGCGGGUGAUGGGGCUGAUGAAAUCGAGAGGCGUGAAUAAGGAGCCAGGCUGUAGCUGGAUCGUACUGAAGAAUCAAGCUCAUGUCUUUGUGGUUGGAGAUAUGAUGCAUCCGAGAAUUGAAGAGAUCAAACUAGACAUCAUUAAGUUGAGCAAACAGAUGAAGGAAGAAGAAGAAGAAGAAGAAGAAGAGUGGCUCGGGUUAGAUUCAAGUUUCGGAACGAUUUUCUCGCUCGGAGGAUCGAUGAAUUAGCUGAUCGAUUUUUUCGGGUCGAUGUCGAAGUUUUGAAAUUCCGUACACACUAACCAAUUUGUAAAUUAUUCAGUAAACUUGUAAGAUUUUUGAUA